AUGGGAGCCCGCAAAGCUAGACUGGCGGGGAGAACAGGACGUCCCCACGGGGGCCCCGGGACACGCCGUUCCCGCAGCCCCCUCCUCCCCGCAGCCCAUCUGUCCCGCAGCGCUGCUGCUGGCCUGGCCGGGGGUAAAUUUAGCAACAUCUCCUUUCCUGGCGGGGGGUGGGCAAGGCCAGGGGUCGUCUCUCUCUCCUUCUCCAAACAUGUCCCUUCCUUCGCGGCCCCUCGAGGCAGCUGCGGCUAUACUUGGUCUGGGCGCCGAGGCUGGGCGGCCCUUCCCUCCCUCGGCCGCCCAAUCAGCUUUGGGGCGAGAUCAGAUGUCCCUAUAACUCGGGCAGGAGGGCUCGAGGGGGGCCAGUGCCAGCAGCCAGCCUUGCUCCUUCGGGCUCCCCUUCUCUGCAGCCUUAGCUCACAGAAACCCGCCUCAGCCACCAUGUCUGACGAGGAAGUUGAACAGGGCGAGGAAGAAUACGAAGAGGAAGAAGCCCAGGAAGAAGAAGUCCAUGAGGAAGGUAUGGACCCAUGGCUCUGGAAUCCCGAGUGGGGGGCCCCGUGCAUGGCUGGGAACUCCAAGGUGGGAGCAGGGCCAGGGCAGCCAAGCAGGGGCCACGUGGACGGUGCCCGGGGCCCGGGGCCUCCCGAGUAAGCGGCCAAUGCCCAGCCUCCAGGAGCGGCCCCCGCACGAGCAGCCGAGAGAUCUCGGCCGUGUGCUCAGCUUGAAGGCAGCCCAGGGGAGGAGGAGGGUCCUUUGGGCCCAAAGAGGUCCCUUCAAUCUGGCUUGAGGAAGGGGGGACGAGGAGGGAAAGUACUCUGGGAAACACGUCGGCUCUGCCAGCAGCUGGGGGCACGAGCUUGGCCAAGUCAUUUCCCCUCUAGGACCCUCAGUUUCCCCAUCUAUAAAAAGAAGGGGCUGGACCCAAAGAUCCCCAGGGGCCUCAGGCCGUAACGGCCACUAAGGAUGGACGGGCCUGGCUGCCUCAUCUGUUGAUUUCAGUGGCUAAGGCGGGUCCCACGGGUGACCUGAGAGACAGCUGAAUGGAGUCCUGGCCCCCCCCCACCCAGAGCCUCAGUUUCCUCAUCUGUAAAAAUGGGGACACUCACCUCGGCACAGAAAUCCAGCCCGUCUCCCAACAGGAGCGAGCGUCCUGGGCGCCGAGCGUCAGGGCCGGAGACUCAGCCCAGAGCUGCCUUCAAGGGGUCACCGUAGAGCCCGGGAGAGCUGCCCGAGCUAUGGCCAGUGGGCUUGGGGAGGGGCACUGGAAAAGCUGCUUCUAGGUGGGCCCAGGGGGAGCAGCUGUGGGAUCUCGCGGGCAUGAUUCUCACCGGCUUCUCUGACCGUCUUGUCUCUCCUCGCACCCCCUCCCGUGUGCUCACCCUGGGGUGCUCCGUGCCGCCUCCUGUGGCCGGGCACCUGCACCCGGUCCUGGACCCUCCUGGGCCCCUCCUGGCCUCUCCGGGCUUUGGACCCCUGUUGCAUGGUCCUUCCCACCC